AUGUACAAGUACGAUAACACUUUAGUUUCCUACGCUGAUCCAAGAACAUUAGAGACUAGAGAGACUUAUUCACCUCGUCAUGGGUACUUUGUGUCUAAGCAGACACCUUUGAUGCCAGUUACACCUAGACAAUAUAAUAAGACUAUUGGAAUAAUUCAACCUCAGAAAACUUAUGUGAGAGGAACUACAUCUAGCCCUGUUAGGAGAGGUACCACUGUGCUCUCAAUGCCUCACAAAGCAACAGUCAGUAAGAACGAAGAACCAAUUGUAAAGAUCACUACUGAGAAACAGGUAUACUACCCAGCCACUGAAAAGGAAACUGAGGAGCAUUAUGAGCUACAAGAAAAGGAAGGAUUAGCUGUUUGUCCAACCUACGCAACCACUUAUGGUCACAGAACUUUCAAGAAUAUUGAUGAUAGAGGAUACGAGGAAGAUAGGUACUAUGAGAAAGAUAGGUACUAUGAAAAAGAUAGGUAUUACGAUAAACCUUCUCGGAACAAGUCAAAUCCUCCAAGAAAGUAUAGAGAUAGAGAAAGGAAAGAUGCUCAUCACAGUACUACCUACAUUCCGACUUAUCCAAUGGCCACCUAUCAGGCAGCAGCUCCAAUUUAUACAGCUCCUGUCUAUACAACACCUGUGUACACGACCUAUCAUGCUGUUGACACGAGGUAUAACCCAUAUCCAAAGUACUAUAGCGAUGUUAGGGGUUCAGGUAUCUAAGAAAUGGAUCAGAGAGAGAUUCAGUUCCCAAUCUGAUGAAUAAUAUUCUUACCUUAAUAGACCAAACCUGGAGGCCUAAAACUUUCAACAACUG